AUGAGGCUUGGCGCCAAGCUCUACUACGCUGGCGGGUUCGUCGACUCUUCAAUUCGUUCAAACGAAACAUUCUACCUAGAUCUUUCUAAUUCAUUCCAAACUAGUAGUCCACUUUGGGAAUCUUUGGGAGAAAUUAUCCCAGUUUCACCCGAUUAUUCUACCACUAUUCUUAGCCCGCUUGACAACUCUACAAUCUAUCUUAUUGGUGGUUACAUGGUAAACCCUAUAACAAACAUGCCAGAUUUAAAUAUAACAGUAUAUACAUUUGAUACAAUCAGUUUAAAAUGGAACGCGCUUCUUACAAACGGUAGUUCACGACAAGAAAUGGAUGCAGUGGUGGAUAGUUCGGGAAAAAUUUAUGUGUUUGGCGGACGUGGAACAAACACAGAUAAUUAUUAUAACGAUAUCAACAUACUAAAUAUUGGCACAAAUUAUUGGACAAAUAUUCCAGCAACUUCGAGUUCUCCUUACUCGCUAGCUGAUUAUACCGCCACACUUUUACCGAAUGGUAUUAUUGUUUAUAUUGGUGGAUUUACUGGUGUUGAUUUAAUAACUGAUCUAAAACAG